GGUACCCAAUGCAAGGUGCCUCGACGUGUUCACUGUUUCAUUCUCAAACCCUCACCAACGGAGUAUCCGCGUUCUCUGCAGUCACGCCUAGACACCUCAGUAAGCCAUUUGGAUACCACUGGAAUGGCGAUUGUGAAGAGACACAUUUGUGUACGAUGCACGGAUUUCCACCAACUUGGGAACAUGAAGCCAGAAAAUUCGAAAAUCCACAUGGUAUUCAUCAAUACUCAACGCAGUGGUUGCGGAGAGACGAGUCUGUCCUACCGUCGUUCAACCUCAGCACAACAGUGUUUGGCAAAGAUAUGGGGCAGGAUGCAACACAUGGAGAUUCAGUUGUACGAAGCUCAGCUGGUGGCUGUCCCUAUACAGCGUGGGAUGCCGAGGGCCCGCCGGAUGAAUUUCCGCUCAUUGGAUGUGUGCGGGACACUGCAACAGGAACUGCACGACCGAAUACGGAGUUAUGUUUCAGGAGCACAUCAACCGACUCCUUUGGAAGAACCGAUAUCGACUUGACCCCAGCUCAUCCAAUCGAUCUGUCCGCUCACCGAACCGUGUCCAAUGACAGCGGUACAUGCUCGACAGAGCCUGUUCUGCCCAUCCUCAGCGAGGCACAGCGAAUCGGAACCAGUUCGGAACCUGAUACGCACAUUCGAUUCCGAUGCUCCCUUUGCGGUCUACAUGAGGCAACCGCAUGGACAUUGCUGAACCACUUGGGUGCGGUGCAUCAAGUGGACUUGUUUCGACUCGAGUCCGAUGGUGAUCGCGAAGGACUUUGUGAUCUGCAAGCGAAAUCAAAUGAACAUCGUCAUCAGCGUCUCGACGGGUGUUGGUUAGCGAACCACAAGCAACAAGCGGCAGUUUUCCAUGGAAAAUUGUCCGAUCUUGCCGACACGCCAUCCAACAGAGACAAUGUUCCAAUAAGUGGGCCGGUUACGGAUCUCAAUGAACCAGAGUUAACCCAUGGGAAAUUCACCUUUCCCGUACUAUUCGAUGUCUAUCUGAAAAUGUUCCAAUCCUGGGAACAAAGUCCGAAGAUUGUCAUGUCUAGGAACACCUUACCAAAGAGUCAGAUUUGUAUGGCAAGUCAAAGCAGAAGUCCACGGCAGGGGAUCUCAUUCUUCCAGGGACUGUAUCCCCAAGGUAAUCUGUGGAAGAGCGAUCACAGUGGCCACCACAUCGACUAUGGACUCAGUAUAGACAACACGCGUGGGCUUUCCGGUGCAACAUGUCUCGGAACAGAGCCAGUGCUAGACCAACUUCCCACCACAUUCUCUCAUGUAAAUACCGGUUCCGCAGACAUCGGCUUGUCAGCCAAGCUGAAUGCGGCACUGAAGGUACGCAGACCGAACACGCAUCAAAACACCAACAACCGACGCUCUUCCGCUACGACGAACAGAUGAGGCAAAUGUGCAUUCUGUGGUAAAGUAUUCCGGAAUUGCAGCAACCUUACGGUACAUCGAAGGAGUCACACAGGCGAGAAACCGUAUCAUUGCAAGCUUUGCCCAUAUGCGUGUGCUCAGUCUUCCAAGUUGACUCGACACAUGCGAACUCACGGUGAGCCCGGAACCACCGGAGUUGAACUGUGCUGUCGAUACUGUCGGACCCCCUUCUUGCUCAGCAAUACUCUUGAGCGUCAUAUGAGGAAAUGUGCAAAACUGAUGGAGCGCCUGGACGUGCGGGAGAGUAACCAACAAAGAUGCAAACAGAGAGGAAAUCAGGUUAUGCAUGACUAGUUGAAAUCCGACGGCCUCUUUUGGGACCAUAUGUCCAUCAAGCGAUUUGUGAUACGCAUCAGAUGUAGUUGAGUACAUCCAUGGAACGCAGCCCCCAGAGACUGACUACUCACCAUACAUAAGCGCCAUGUUCGAUUGAUUCGCGUUUCCUACGCCAGAUAUAUUUCUUUAGUUUCUUUGUAAAAAUGGUUUUGUCAA